UAUCAUCAUCAUUAUCAUCAUCAUCAUGAGUACUCACUCCAUCUUUUUAUUUGCAUUUUCUCUUUUCUCCUUGCUUUUUUUUUCCCAUUUCAACAUUUGCUUAGCUAUCGAGUCUGAAGAAGAAGAUAAUUAUGCUUAUGAUGAAAAUACUGGAAGAGGACCCUCUCGAUGGGGGGAGCUUAACCCAAGUUGGUACCGUUGUGGUAAUGGAACAAGUCAAUCUCCAAUUGACAUUUCAAGAUUAAGUGUACAGCUUAGGCCUGAUCUAGCUGCUUUACAUACCCAUUACAAACCUGCCCAAGCUACUUUAAUCAACAGAGGACAUGACAUUCUGGUACAAUGGAAUGAAGAUGCAGGAGACCUUAACAUUAGUGGAGUUGAGUAUAAAUUGUUGCAAUCUCAUUGGCAUACACCAUCUGAGCACAAAAUCAAUGGAUGGAGAUUUGCUGCGGAGCUUCACGCUGUUCACAAAAAUUCUUUGGGUGAGAUUGCGGUACUUGGAAUUCUCUACACGUAUGGUCCGCCAAAUCCCUUUCUUUCAAAGGUAUAUAAUCAAAUAAGAUCACUCGAAAAUAAUAAGACAGGAGAAAUAGGUUUGGGAAUAAUCAAUCCAUAUGAUAUUGGGUUUGAAAACAAGAGCGGUUAUUACAGAUAUAAGGGUUCUCUUACAACUCCUCCAUGUGACGAGGAUGUACUUUGGACUCUACUCGAACAGGUGCAAACUGUUUCCUUCGGACAAAUCAAAGCAUUAAAGGACGCAGUAAAAGAUGGCUAUGAAGAAAACGCAAGACCAACUCAACCAAUAAAUGGAAGAACAGUGUAUAAGUAUCGUCGGAGCCAUUUUUAAUGAAUGAAUGAAUGUUUAAUCAUGGUGUAACUAUAAACAUAUAUAUAUAUAUACAUGUUAACACACUUUUUUGCCAACAGUGUAUUUAAGAAAUAAUAAGGAAGAUUAGUGCUUAAUAAUAAACCGAAAUAUGAAAUGAAUUCACAAGAACAUAAAUAUUUUUA